CAUUUUUCUACAGUUUUGAUCAGCUUCUCUUCCCUCCCCAUUCCUUCAUCCAUGUGCCUAAAUAAUCCACGCCUCUCUAAUUUUUAGCCAUUUUUUACCGAACGUGUAUUCCAAAUUUUCGACAAAGAUAAUUCCGGCUCGAUAUCGCUGCAAGAAUUUCUCGACUCGAUGCACCAGUUCGCCGGCCAAACACCCGAUGACAAGAUCAAAUUUCUAUUCAAAGUUUACGAUUUGGACGGAGAUGGUCUAAUCCAGCAUAGAGAACUGCAGCAUGUAAUGCGAGCGUGUAUGGAAGAGAAUGGUAUGCGUUUCAGCGAGGAUCAAAUCGAAGAUUUGACUAUAGCUUUAUUUGAAGACGCAGAUGCCGAUGCUAGAGGUGCCAUCACAUAUGGAGCUCUGAAAAAUCAGCUAGAGAAACAUGACGGAUUAUUGGAAAAUUUAUCCAUCAGCAUAGAUCGAUGGCUCGUGCCUCCGAAACCGAAAUGCAAAAGCAGACCUGCCUCGUUUAUAGGCAAAUUAGUUACCAUGAAACCUUACCAAUUGACACUGCCAUAUAUUAAAAAUAAUUACGUUUAUUUAUCUUUCCUCGGCAUGUUCCUGCUCAUUAAUCUAGUGUUAUUUGUAUUACGCGCCAUUCAAUAUAGCGACCAACACUAUUAUGUGAUUUUCGCCCGCGCUUGUGGGCAAUGUUUAAAUUUUAAUUGCGCUUUUAUUCUGGUUCUAAUGUUGAGACAUUGCAUAACGUUUCUACGUACCCGAGGUGCCAGUUCAUUUUUACCGCUCGAUCAACACAUCUAUAUGCAUAAGUUGACUGGAAUGUUUAUCUGCUUUUAUGGCGUCAUUCACACGGUUAUGCAUUUAUUGAAUUUUACUUACGAAGUACUCCCAGAUCUAUACAUGAAUGCCGAAGAAUACACCCUGGCUGAAUGGUUAUUCACUUCGAUACCUGGAAAAUUUGGAUUGAUUGAUGGCUGGGCCAAUCCAACCGGUGUCAUUUUAGUCGUCAUAUUAUUAAUAAUGUUCAUUUGCUCUCAGCCAUUUGUACGUCGUGGAGGUAGUUUCGAGAUAUUUUACUGGACCCAUCUGCUGUACAUACCGUUCUGGAUAUUGCUUAUCAUUCACGGACCUAAUUUUUGGAAAUGGUUGCUUGUACCCGGACUGAUUUAUCUGUGCGAACGUAUUUAUCGAUUUUCAGUCACUAGCUCGAAACGAGGCAAAACCUAUAUCAGUUCUGGGCUCUUGUUACCCUCACGAGUAACUCAUCUUGUGAUCAAACGACCUCCUCAUUUCGAUUUCCAUCCUGGAGAUUACGUGUUUGUGAAUAUUCCAGCUAUUGCGAAUUACGAAUGGCAUCCGUUCACUAUUAGUAGUGCUCCGGAACAAGAAGAUUACAUGUGGCUGCAUAUACGUGGAGUUGGCGAAUGGACUAACAGAUUAUACGAUUAUUUUGAAAGAGAACAAGAAAAGUUGCAUAAUUUGAACGAAGAACUGCCCGGUGCUGUGCCCAAUCAAAUCUUGGCUGCUGCCACGAACGGUAAUGUUAAAAUUACCACAGAAAACGAAGAUAUUAAACGAUUGAAAGCCACUCUCGAACGUAAAUUAUCUGGUAAAAGUGGACAUACCAUUCAUGGUAAACCAAACCACAAAAGACAAGAAAUGACCGGUUAUACAAAUCAAAGCUUUAGUAGCCUGCCUGAAGAUUUCCGAAUACACAGUUUGACUGAUGGAAGCAGCGUUAGCGUUGAAUCAGUCGUAUCAUCAAAUAAUGAUAUAAACAAAACGUGUCCUUCGAUAAAGAAGAACCAAGAUGAAAAACUACACAAAAUACUGCUCAAGAAAAAAGCCCCAUUAUCGAAAUCCUUAUCCAUGCCUGAUAUCGACAAUCGAAUCAAGAAACGAGAACGACUAUUAGUUCUACGAGAGUACAUGAGAUCAGAGUCCGAGAAAAGUUUCGACGAAUGUCAAAUGAAACGUGCCCGACUGCAGUCCCUCGGAUUGGCUUAUUUGAGUCCUCAAAAUAAAUCCUUAGCUCAAAGCUUCCGUUACAUGCGGCAUAAACCGACCAUUAUUGCAUUCAAAACUCCCAGUUUAGAGAAUUAUGAAGCUAAAAUUAACGCUAUGACUAAUCAAACCGCCAAUUCCGAAAAAGCAGCCGAAGAAGGUAAAGCUAAAAUGAAAAGCGAAGAAAGCACAUCAACGAUAAUGGCUCCCACAGGUGUUAAUUAUCCCGUCGGCAAACCCUUAGAGGUAUUCAUAGAUGGUCCCUACGGUGCGCCCUCCAGUCAUAUAUUCCGGGCACAGCAUGCGGUUCUAGUUGCCACCGGAAUAGGCGUUACUCCAUUCGCGUCUAUUUUACAGUCCAUUAUGCAUCGGUAUUGGAAAGCUAGACAUAUGUGUCCUCAGUGUAAACAUUCAUGGGUCAGCGAUAUUCCUCCGACGGUGAUGCAUUUGAGGAAGGUGGAUUUCUUCUGGAUAAAUCGCGACCAACGUUCAUUCGAAUGGUUUGUCAACCUUCUAUCUCAAUUAGAAAUCGAGCAAGCCGAACUUGGAGGUGCCAUGGAACGGUUUCUAGAUAUGCAUAUGUACAUCACAUCUGCUCUACAGAAAACCGACAUGAAAGCAGUUGGGUUACAAUUGGCUUUGGAUUUAUUGCACGAAAAAGAAAAACGAGACUUGAUAACCGGACUGAAAACCAGAACCAAUGCCGGAAGGCCAAACUGGGAUAAAGUAUUCAAACAACUAAUCGAUCAGAAAAAAGGCAAAGUAACCGUAUUCUACUGCGGUCCUCCCGAACUAGGACGACUAUUAAGAUUCAAAUGUGAUCAGUACGGGUUCAAUUUUAGAAAAGAAGUAUUCUGAGUCGUUGCCCAACACCCAUGUAUUUAGGUAACGGUUUCAUUCGAAGGCCGAGAUGCUGGGAACACCAAAAUGCCAGCUCCUAUAGAUGGUUGUGAGUUUGAUAUUGGAUUAAAGUUACCAGAGAUACCGCUUUCGAAUUGUUCUAUGUAAUUAUCGAGUUACCAAUAUUACCCUUAAAAUGUACCAGCUUUUAUUUAUUUUCAAAAAAACCUAUCAUUAUAAGUACCUAUCUUGCUGCCUGUGUAAUUUUUUGUGUGCUGCCUCGUAUUUUACGAAAUUAUUUAUUUAUUUUUUUGUAAUAAUUUUAAUGCUGUUCCCCCUUUUUUAAAAAAAAAAUCAUUAUACUACGAUGGAAAUGUAUACUUAGCAAAAAUAAGAAAAUAUAUAGAAAAUGUGUUUUCCCCCCUCAA